AUUCUGACUCUUCAAAAAUCAGUGGUUUGCAGCUUGAGAAGCUCCGAAGAGCAGAAGUAUUGUCACCAUUCGAGAGAUCCCACAGACAGUGGCCUAACACGGAGGACAGCAUGGAUGUGGAAGAUGUAUUUAAAACCCAGGAGAAUAUUUCCUGCCCAAGGGAUUUGUCAGAGAGCGGCGAUGACCUCGCUCAUUUUACCAGUGCGGUCAGUGUCGCAGCUGGGAGAGCCGUGCCGUGCUGCAGCAGACGGGAGCCGUCUUGCCCUGCCCCUGCCGGCUCUCGCCACACCGACAGCCGUGGCCUCAGCACGGAGGAGGCUGCAUCUGCUCGGUCCCUGGCGGGUGUCCAGGCCUGCACUAAGGCUGGGCUCGGUUCACCUCCAGCCGUGAACACCCUGUGCUGUGAGUGGGACGACACUCCCACAGUGAAUAACAGUUAUUUUGUAACAAAUGAUUCUGAAAAUUCUGCCGCUGUUUUGGAGAUCUGUGCAGAGAAAAUUCCAGGUGUAAGUGAUGACUUUUCUGAUGAUGACCUAGAGUAUUUUGAAUGUUCAGAUCUGCUGACAGAGCAUGAAAAUGAAAUCUGGAAAAGGAAAUUGCAAUUUUUAUCAGAAAGUGAUGAUGAAGAUGACUUAAAACUGAGUAAGGAUUGUGAUGGGUGUGCUUACUUCCUCAGUGAAAUGCCUUGUCGGCUCCGAGUGUCAGAUAACAGUACGCCUAUGGAUACCACCAUUGGCUUCUGUGGGCAUCACUCAAAAUUCAAAGGAGUAAAUGUAAGGAGAGACCCCUCUAUGUACAGUCACGCAGCUCUGCAGACAGAGAUGACGCUCACCGUUGGGCACCACCGAGACAAAGGUACCGGUCUGAAAGACCAAGAACAGUCUAAAGCGCCUGGGGCACCCACAGCCCUUGAAAAUGACCAUCCCAGCACUGAAGAGGAAAAUAAUGGCAGUGGCCACUCAGCUGCAGGUUUCCCAGCUGACAAAUCAAGGGACAAGGAUAACGUCCGUGCCAAGGGGGACUCCUCUGCUGGUGCCACAGGUGCUGCUUCGACAAACCUGGCUUCAGAGGCGAUGACAGAAAGCGAAGCGGACAGGGGCUCACUGGGUGAAAGCUCCUUGCUGCUAGAGGAGGGGGGAAGAAAUUUUCCGGAGGAAAAUGCAAGGCAUGCUGUCUGUACCUUAACAGAAAGUCUAAGAAGAAACCUUUUAAAGCUGUUAAACCCCAAAGAGCUUUGCAGAUACGUAAGUAACAUUGGACAGUCUUUCCAGAUGGCAGCAGAGGUGAGGGAGCCUGGUGCUCUGUUUCCUCGUCAGGAAGGUGUCCUUUCCCAGAGCUCCGAGGAGACGGAGGGCUUGGAAACGCAGGCUGGUGUGUGUCGCACAGGAGAGGCAGAUAAAGACGGGGAAAGGAGAAGGACUUGGGGCCUCUCAGAGCAAAAUCAGAUGCCAGAUGGAAACGUCUCACCCAGGAAUCAAGGUGCUGAUCUGAAAAUCUCUACCCAGAAUUGUGAGAGACCGUGCGUGGAGCCUGAAAUAGAGAAGGAAGGCGUCUUCAUGACUUGUGAGAGCGCAGGAACCGUCCAUCCCGCUUCAGAAACGUGCUGUACUGAAAAGACACCGCAAGCAAAACCUGCAAGUUUACAGAUGUGUUCUCAACACCACACUCCUUGCAAUAAGAGAGAGAGUUGUCACCAACAAGUCUUGUGCGAGCAAGGGAUCGACGUUACUGUUAAUGACAAGUUGCAGAACCAUGUUUCACCUUUUCCCUCACGGAAUGCGGACUCUGUUCCUGAUAAACACGACCGUUCAUGCGCUGUUCUCUGGUCUGUGGAGCUCUGUGGUGAGCCAGGGCAGGGGCAGCAGGGGCGCAGCUGGGCCUGGCAUGACAGCAGUGACUCCGCUGUUCUCCGCAGGCUGCCGUGUGGUGAUCCCAAGGCAGUCCUGGAGUGUGGAGAGCCUGGGCGCACAGGAGGUGCUGAUGUAUCUGCAGUGCAUGACGAGCUGUGGAAACAACUUCUUGGAGAUGACUCAGACUGUCAAAUCCCAUCAGAAACUUGGGGCAUCACAAGUUUAGAAAUGAGGCCGACAGAUGCCAGAGUCACAGAACUGCAGACCGUGCAGGAGCCCCAUUCUGAUCGUCCUGUGUCUGUCGAUGUGGUAGAAGAGCAGGAACCCGUUGGGCAGCCAGCUGGUAGACAGGGAACAGAGAAAGAGGACUGCAGUGUUUCUGAUCUCCCACUUAAGACAGAUGAAGCGUGUAACAGUGCAUCCAUAGGAAACAUUUGUCUUGCACAAGUGGUAGAAGCAGAUGGUACAUGUCUGGAUUCUAGCACAGGAAAUAAAACGGAAACACCAUCCAUUUGUGUUUCAGCAAACAGCAUCGUCGUAAGUACAGGGGAGUGCUCGCAGCAGCUGCCAAAUCCGACGUUAACUGACAGUCAUGGGUCCAUGCACAUGGCUGUUGCCUGGGAAGGAAAGCUCACCAUUAGUGAUGCUUCCCAAACGUCUGAUGCAGGUUCUCCUCAAGGAUUAAAAAAUGCUCGCAGUAGUAAUUUAGCAUGUGACGAAGAAAACCCAGCUUGCCUGUCAGAUAAGUCACAUGGACAAUUAAUUCAUACUGAGCACAGGGUAUCCGUGAUAAACAAGUCUGUACCUGGCAGAGGGAGUCUCCUUAGAGACUGUUGUCCUGCGAGAGAAGGACUGGAUUAUUUCUCUGAGGAGAAAGGCAAUUUCGUCAGUGAAAACAGCAGUCAGUUUACACUUGAAAAUCACUCUGCUGUUCACACCGCAUGCACAAGUUAUGAAGAGAAUGUACAAGAAAAAGGAAAUCACUCAGUCUUGAGUGCACAAAAUGACACUAAAUCUGACAGUUCUCAUCUUUCAAAAAAUAAUGACUGUCAAGAUUUUAAAGUUGUUUCUGAUGCUCAGAGAUAUGGUUAUCUAAUGCAAUUGCCUAAUUUAAUGAAGAUUCCUCAAGCCAUAACUUGUCAGAAUCUAUCCCAAAAUAUAGACCAACUGACAGAAAUAGAAAAACAAGAAGUGGCAUUCACUCCCUCUUCUGAGGAUCCAUUUUUAAGAGAUUUUUCUGUAGAAGUGCCCAGAUAUGAACCAUGUAAAACAGGAGAAGAACAGAGAGAGAUUGGUGGAGGUGAGGAGCAAGGGGCUGAAGCUUCCUGUGACUCGGGAUCUGGCCGUGUUUCAGAGACUCAGGCUGCCGGUUCCCCUCAUAACGCACCAGAACACCCUGCAUUUUCUGCUGACAGCGCCUUCAGGUCUGAUGAAGAGUCAAAACCAGAUCCUGCCAAGAAUGGCACGAAUGCAUCUGGAGGUGUAACGUGGGUUCGUGCCCCGCUGCCUGGACGGGCUCAGCGUGAGCACCAUGACACAGCACAUGGGGACUCGGGGGGCACUGGUAAUCAGCCGCACACCCAGCCACUGGCUGCGGAGGAAGCACUGCCGCCCCUUGCAGCAGUAACCCGGUGUGAGGGCCCUGUCACCAGCUCUGCAGCAGCAACGGGCUGUCCUGUUGCAGGAAGUCGUGUGGAAACGGGAUCCACCCCGGCUGUGGUCAGAGGAGAUGAAAAUGCGAGAACACUGGAGACUUUCUGCAAAGCCUUGCAGGAUCCGCUCCACAGGGUGCCCAAAGGAAACAAGGAGGAUGUGGUCUUGUGUGAAAACAGACAAGAGGUCCGAAGAGCUAUUGAAUACAGCCCAAAUGAAGCUGAAAUGAAGCCUCCUUUGCAUGCUUUAAUUCCCUCCAAGGCUCAGAGACAGUUUGUGGAUGUUAGCACGAAGCAGUCCUGUCCUGACUUGAUCUGCUCCAGCAAGCUAACGGAGGUUGGUAAUUCAAUUAAGUCAACCAAGUUUGACAAAGCUGAGGAGGUCAUGGCAUCGGACAGCGUGGUAAGUGGCUCGGUUAAUGUGCCACCGGUUGAUUCGGGCAGCAGCCGGUGUUUUAAGGAGCAGCCACCCUGCAGCAGAGCUCAGCCGCUUUCCCUAGCGCUGACCACACACGAUCCAUUCCCAGUCGGUGCGGAAAGGUUGAGAAGCCAAGGAGGGUCCAGAUCCUCCCAGACGUCACGGCCUGUGACUGAGCCCGAGCCCAUCAGGUGCAGACAAGACCCGACAAAGAGCGGGCAUUUGGCUGCUGGAGCUAAGAAGAAAUUGCCACCAGCAACACUGCCAAAAAAACCCCGACUGGAGGAGAAAGGGAAUGUCGGCAAGGAUCUCUGCGGCGUUAAACAGUGUGUGAAGAGUGAGGUGGGCACGGCUCAUAAGGAAGAGAGAAAAGAGCAGAGGAAACUGAUUUUGAAAAAGGAUAGCAAAGCUCCCAGGCUGCUGAAGAAAAUCCAAGCAGAGUCGUUUCCCGACUGCUCAGGGAAUGUCAAGCUUUGCUGUCAGUUUGGCGACAUUCACGGCGACUCCACCAUUACGUGGACGAAGGACUCCAAGUUACUGGCUCGGCUGCAGAGAAGUGCCCAGGAUAAUUCUCCAGUCUCUUUGGCAAUAGCUAAAGCCAGUAGCAAAGACCAGGGAAUGUAUUAUUGCUGCUUGAAUAAUAUCUAUGGGAAGGUGACUGCUGAGUUUAAUCUGACUUCUGAAGUAUUGGAACGUCUCUCAAGUUCUCAGAAUUAUGAGGGUGUGGAAGAAAUCGAAUUCAUGCAGCUCAUGUUCAGAGAAGAUUUCAUCAGUGACAGCUACUUUGGAGGGAACCUGCAUGGAGUAAUAGCCACGGAGGAGCUGCACUUCGGGGAAGGCAUGCACCGCAAAGCCUUCCGCAGCAAAGUGAUGCACGGCCUCGUGCCGGUGUUCGGGCCUGGGCACCCCUGCGUUGUCAAAGUGCACAACGCCAUCACCUACGGGACCAAGAGCAAGGACGACCUCGUGCAGAAGAACUACAGACUGGCUCUGCAGGAAUGCUAUGUCCAAAAUACUGCAAGAGAGUACGCAAAGAUAUAUGCAGCUGAAGCCGAACCCUUGGAAGGCUUUGGGGAAGUACCGGAAAUCAUUCCUAUUUUUCUGGUCCAUCGCCCUGCUAAUAACAUCCCCUAUGCGACGGUGGAGGAGGAGCUGGUUGGGGAGUUUGUGAAAUACUCUGUCAGGGAUGGCAAGGAGGUGAAUUUCCUGCGACGAGACUCGGAGGCUGGCCAGAAGUGCUGCACCUUCCAGCACUGGGUGUAUGAGAAGACCAAUGGGAGUUUGCUUGUCACUGAUCUGCAAGGUGUCGGAAUGAAGUUAACUGACGUUGGCAUAGCAACGCUGGCCAAAGGAUACAAAGGUUUUAAAGGCAACUGCUCGAUUUCCUUCAUUGAGCAGUUCAGAGCCCUCCACCAGUGCAAUAAGUACUGUGAGAUGCUGGGGCUGAGAUCUCUCCGAACCACUCAUCAGAAACAGAGGAAAGCAAUACCCAUGAGAAGCAAAAGCCUCCCAAACUCUUCAGCUAUAAAGAAAGCAGUGCCCAAGAAAGCAAGAGAACCCAAAGACUUCAUUUCUUCAGAGCACUGA